AUGUCUCACAGAAAGUACGAAGCACCACGUCACGGUUCCUUAGGUUUCUUACCAAGAAAGAGAGCUGCCUCAAUCAGAGGUAGAGUUAAAUCAUUCCCAAGAGAUGACAAAACCAAACCAGUUCAUUUAACUGCUACUUUAGGUUACAAAGCUGGUAUGUCAACUAUUGUUCGUGAUUUAGACCGUCCAGGUUCUAAAAUGCACAAACGUGAAAUUGUUGAAGCUGUCACUGUUGUUGAUACUCCACCAGUUGUUGUCGUCGGUGUUGUCGGUUACGUUGAAACUCCAAGAGGUUUAAGAUCAUUAACCACUGUCUGGGCUGAACAUUUAUCAGAUGAAAUUAAACGUCGUUUCUACAAAAACUGGUACAAAUCCAAAAAGAAGGCUUUCACCAAAUAUGCUGCUAAAUACGCUAACAAAAACGGUGAACAAAUUGAACGUGAAUUGGCUAGAAUUACCAAAUACGCUACUGUUGUUAGAGUUUUAGUUCACACUCAAGUCAAAAAAACUCCAUUAGUUCAAAAGAAAGCUCAUUUAGCUGAAAUCCAAGUUAACGGUGGUUCAAUUGCUGACAAAGUUAACUGGGCUAGAGAACACUUUGAAAAAACUGUUUCAGUUGAUUCAGUUAUUGAACAAAAUGAAAACAUUGAUGUUAUCGCUGUUACCAAAGGUCAUGGUUUCGAAGGUGUUACUCACAGAUGGGGUACUACCAGAUUACCACGUAAAACUCAUAGAGGUUUACGUAAAGUUGCUUGUAUUGGUGCUUGGCAUCCAUCCCAUGUCCAAUGGACUGUUGCUCGUGCUGGUCAAAAUGGUUACCAUUCAAGAACUUCAAUCAACCACAAAGUUUACAGAGUUGGUAGAGGUGAUGAUGAAGCCAAUGCUGCUACUGAAUUUGACCGUACCAAAAAAACUAUUACUCCAUUAGGUGGUUUCGUUCAUUACGGUGAAGUUAAAAACGAUUUCGUUAUCUUAAAAGGUUCUAUCCCAGGUCCAAAAAAGAGAGUUGUUACUUUAAGAAAAUCAUUAUACACUGAUACUUCAAGAAGAGCUUUAGAACAAGUUACCUUAAAAUGGAUCGAUACUGCUUCUAAAUUCGGUAAAGGUAGAUUCCAAACCCCAGCUGAAAAACAUGCUUUCUUAGGUACUUUGAAAAAAGACUUAGAAUAA